ACGUCAAGUCCUUGAUUUUCUUGCAUUAAAAUUGUCACUGGUAAACGAUCCAUGGUUGCUCUAUUCUUUGCACAGAAAGGUUAAUCCCGGAAAAAUAAUGGCCUCAAAAUGUCUAAGAGGAAAUAUAAAGGAAAGUAUUGCAAAAAUAAGGAAAGCUUUUAUGGCAGGUGUGAAUAGUGUUCAGCCACAUGAAUUGAUUAAGAAACAUUUACAAAGAAAGGCUGAGAGUUUGGAAAUUAACAAAGUAAAUUAUGCACUUAGAAAUAAUGUAUAUGUCAUUGGAUUUGGUAAAGCAGUUAUUGGUAUGAUACGACCUGUGGAAGAAGCUCUGAGGAACUCGGAUGGAACAAGUCAUAUACAGGAAGGAGUGAUAAGCGUUCCGAUUGGGAUUCAGGAUACGUUUGCAGAGAAGCCACACUUACUGCCAAAUGAGAACUCCAUCAUUGAAAUCGUAGAAGGAGCUAAAAAUAACAUACCAGAUGAAGCAGCCUAUGCAGGAGCAAGAAAGAUUCUUUCUUUAGUUCAGAGGUUAAAAGAAAAUGACCUUUUGCUUGUCCUGAUUUCAGGAGGAGGAUCAGCCUUGUUGCCCUACCCUACUCCUCCUCUGACACUUCAUGAGAAAAGUGAACUAGUAAAGUCACUUAGUAAAAAAGGGGCAACUAUAACAGAACUGAAUACUGUCAGAAAGGCUGUGUCACAGACCAAGGGUGGAAAGCUUGCAAGUGCAACAAAGGCAGAGAUAGUAACACUUAUCUUGUCAGACAUUAUUGGUAGUCCCCUUGAUAUGAUAGCUAGUGGACCAACUGUAUGUAAUACAGACCCUGUAGAUGCAGCAGAAAAUAUUUUGCUUAAAUAUGAUAUUACUAUCACAGAAAAUCUAAAACAUAUUUUAGAUGAAAAUGCUUUAGAAAAGAGAAAAACAAAUCCAAAUGUCAAUAACUGCAUUAUUGGCAGCAAUGAGACAGCAUUGUCAGAAGUGCUAGAUUCAAUCACAAAAACAGAGAGUGACUGUCAGCCAGUAAUAUUAUCAUCAUCACUAAGUGGAGAAGCAGGACACAUAGGGAGAAAGAUGGCAGGCUUUGCUGCAGAUGUCCUCGAAAUCCUCUGUGGAAACAAGGACCUACAGAUAUCUGAAUCAGAUCUGUGUGACCUUUGUAUAAAUGAAAAUAAGCCAAGCCUUAUGGAUGCCUUAGAGAUAUGUCGAAAAAACAAAACCCCCAUUUGGCUAAUCUUUGGAGGGGAAACUACUGUGGAAGUAAAAGGAUCAGGAAGAGGUGGAAGGAAUCAAGAAAUGGUGCUUGCCUUCAGUAUGUCUUUUGAAGAGAAGCUUCAAGGAUCAACAAGUACAGGAGAAGUAGUAUUUCUCUCAGGUGGAACAGAUGGCAUUGAUGGACCAACAGAUGCAGCAGGUGCCAUAACAUACUGGUCCUCUUUCAACUCAGAAGUAAAGUCCCAGUUGAAAGAGGCCAAAGAGCAGGGCCUAAAUCCAGAUGAUUUCCUCAGAAACAAUGAUUCAUACGCUUAUUUUUCUCAGCUGAGUUCUGGACAGUAUUUACUCCAACCUGGCCACACUGGAACUAAUGUAAUGGAUUUGCAAAUUCUUCUCAUUAACCCUUUUAACUAGUCCCUUUGAAACCCUUUAGUAAUAGCAUUUUUGGGUUAUAAAAUGGGUAUGUUUUAAGAAUGGGUCUACUGGAAGUGAUGCCAUGACUCUGACAAAGGCAUGUUAUAUUCAGCAAUACUGAGUCUGGAUUAGUUCCUUUCUAGUUACAAGAAAAUGCACAAAGGAAGUUAAUUUGCCUUUGCCAGAAUGCCAAGAGCAAAAGCCACAACAUGCUGGACAUAGAGGCAUAAGCAGAGUUUCUUAGUCUUUAGUAAGCAGUUGUGACCUUGUUUUCAAUUCUUAUGUAGCAUUGUAUUGUGUGUGUGUGCACACACACACACAUUCAUGGUUAUGAGGUUACUUUUUCUAAUGCUUUGUUUCUAUUUAGCUCAAAAUGUGUAGAGCAGAGUGCUUUAUGAUAGAUAAUGGAAUGAGGUUGUGUAUGAACGAUUUUAGUUUUUGCUUAUGGUGAUCUUUACUUAAUUUUCCUCUUCUGCAGUCAAUUUGAAAGCUCAAAAUUAAAUUCAGAAUGUAUCAAUAAUGGAGUUCUUUUCUACUCAAGUGUUCAAAGUGUAAUGUAAUCUUGAAGAAUUUUACCAAAUAUUGCAGUAUGACUGCAAAGGUGCUAUAUUUAUUGCAUAAUAUGCUACUCAUAAUUGAUAUAAAGGUAAUUUUGUCUGGUUAUUAUAAAGGUAUUAUUGAAUUUCAUGUAAAAGCAAUAUUUUCUUCCAAGGGGUAACUGCUGAGACAUUUAUCAUUGUUUUAUUUCAUAUAUAUAUUUUUAGAUAAAAAUUUACUUUAUUUUCAUCUUCCACCUCUUUAAAACAAGUUGUUGUUUUUUUAAGAAAAUAUUCUUUGUAUAUACCUGUUCUUAUGGCUUCUGCAUAUAUAAAACAGAAAAAUCAAAAAAGUUGUUCCCAGUGUCUGACCCAUUUGAUACCACAUAAGAGCAUCACGGUUUUCUUUGCAUUUUGAAAUGCAUGCAUUUUCUCUACUGAUUGUAUUUUAGAAAUGGUGAUUGAGGACCAAACUAAAUGGUAAGAAGAGCGUGAAACAUAGGAGAGCAAAGUAAUGAUUAAAACUAGCAUAGAAAUGCUCCUGUGAGGAAUCUCUUUGAAAUCAAAAGAAUUGCUUGGUGCUUUUAGACUAACCCUUCAGGUUAUUCAUAUCUUGAACCCUGUUGGUAAUGUCUAUUUCUCAAAGUGAAUGAAUCAGAUGAACAUGCUGUUCACAUUUCUCUCAUGUAGGUAGAGUGAGUUUUGUCUUAACAGAUUUAACAAUUAUUGAUGAACAUCAUUGCAGGUCACUGCUGCCUUUCUAUGUUGUAAAAUGGAACUUUCAUUGUGAAUCACAAUAUUCCCUUGUAUUGUUAUACUGUGUGAUUAUUAGGUAAAAUAUGUCAUAAAAGACUGCAGCAUUCCUAAGAUUUAAAAAUAUGUAAUUGAAUACAUAAUUAAAGAAUAUAUUUUUAUACGUCAUGUACAUAAAAAAAUGCAGGGGAUUGAUAUAAAAAAAUAAAAUUUGACUUGUUGUUAUGCAGCUUUUUUUACAUUUAGUUUGUAUAUGAAAUUAAUAAACCAGAAAAGUGACUGAAGUUUCUUUU